UCAGCGCAGCGAGCUCCACGAUAUCCAGCGGAUGCCGGAUCUUUUCUUGUCCCGUUCGCCGUGUAUUCAGAAGUACACAGCACUGUCAGUUACAGUAACUCGGAGUUCGCAGUCCACACAGUGCUAAGCGCGUGGCAAGCUGCCGGGGAGUGAGUCGUCUGUUUUUCUUUUGAUUUCCUUGGGUACUUUUGAACUCAACUGCCUGGAUCUUACUUUGGCUGAAGGGUCUGCAUGUCAGAAUUUGGAGAACUGAGGAGAUAUGGGAGACAGCGGGUUUAUGCGCCGGGGGGCUGUAUGUGCCGGCAGCUGAGGACAGCGCUCUGGGGCAAAGACGAGAUCGGCGAGUCGAAACAAUGUUGCAGUGUUGUCGGCGGAGCACGCGGAAACAGAAGAAAAAUAUACUCGGAUACAGAAAACACAGAUAACCUCAUUUCAAGGAUGGGAUAUAAACAAAGACGCUAGAGCAAUGGAGGGUGGAUCUUGAUGAUGGUUUCUAAGGUGCAUUUUGUGCCACAAAUGUUGGUAAAACAUUUUUGAAAGGCUUGCCUUUUCAAGUAACACACCUGGAAUGGCAUUCCUUAAUCACACCGCCAAUGGUAGCAGGGACGAUUGUCCGAUUGAUGAUUCCUUCAAAUACAACCUGUACGGUGCCGUCUACAGUGUGGUCUUUGUGCUGGGGCUCAUUACCAACUGUGCCUCACUUUUUGUUUUCUGCUUCCGCAUGAAACUUCGCAACGAGACCACUCUUUUCAUGACCAACCUUGCCGUCUCAGACUUGCUCUUUGUUUUCACUUUGCCUUUCAAGAUCUUCUAUAAUUUCAACCGAAACUGGCCGUUUGGGGAUGGACUCUGCAAGAUCUCCGGAACGGCUUUUCUGACCAACAUCUACGGAAGCAUGCUCUUCCUCACCUGUAUCAGUGUUGAUCGAUUUUUGGCAAUCGUGUACCCUUUCCGAUCCCGCUCAGUCCGCACCAGACGGAAUGCAGGAAUUGCUUGUGCGGGGGUCUGGAUGUUGGUCCUAGGAGGUGGGAUCCCAGCAUCUUUUUUCUCUACCACCAAUGUUUCUAACAGUAGCACUACUUGUUUUGAGGGCUUUUCAAGGAGUACCUGGAAAACUUAUUUGUCCAAAAUAACCAUCUUUAUUGAAGUCGUUGGUUUCCUCAUUCCCUUGCUACUCAACCUGGCUUGUUCCUCCAUGGUGCUCCGGACACUACGUAAGCCAGCUACACUCUGCCAAAUUGGUACCAACAAGGAGAGGGUUUUAAAGAUGAUUGUUGUGCACGUGGCCAUUUUUGUUGUUUGCUUCGUACCGUACAACUCCAUCCUUUUCUUGUAUGCAAUGGUGCGUUCUCAGGCUGUGGCUAGUUGUUGGCUGGAGAGAUUUGCUAGAACUAUGUACCCAAUAACACUCUGCAUAGCUGCCCUGAACUGCUGCUUUGACCCUUUUGUGUACUACUUCACAUCGGAAUCCUUCCAGAAGUCAUUGAGCAUUGGAAAAGUGCAAAUUAAAGCAGACCUUACACUGAAGAGUGAGACCCCACUUUCUGGUAAGGGAAGCCUUCCUUCCACGUUAGAUGAAGGUGUUAUAGCGGAAAGGACAACAAGAAAUGGCAGGGAAUUUAUUCUGGAGUCCCAGUUUUGAUUUUAGGUGUUGUAUUUCAUGGGAUUUCAAGUAGAAGCAGCGUAAAGAUGAAGAGGAGGAUGUCCAGUAAUGGAAUAUUCACUAGCUGGAAUGUGAGAGUAAAUAAAAGUAGUCCUGUCAAAUGUUAACAAAGUCUCUUUUGGCACUGUUUCAGUUAAAAAUAACUGUAAUUGCAUUCAACUGUAAAUGCCUGUAAUUACUGGAAAAAUAUUUCUGCAACAAUAUAUCUGACAAAUUGAAUGUAAAGAAUUAGGCUGAUUAGUGCAAACAUGCUACAAAACAGAAGCGACUUUCUGCUUAGCUACGCACACAGAUUGUUGUUUAUUUGUGACAACAAGCGUGUCUGGUGAAGAUCUGUCACCAGUUUAUCUUUGGCACUUUGGAUCCAAGGCACAGAAACUAUCUUCAUUAGGCGAAGGAAGAGGUAGACAGUGUGUCUGAGGCAAGUUGAGCAAGCAAAAAAUACACAUCAGUUCUUCAAAACUCCACUCACCCAAAAACUUGUGACAGCCUUUAUACAAAGUGUCUCGUCCUAUACAAAUCACAGCAUUCCUUAGAUUUUGAAUGAAAAGCCAAGGCUAGCUAUCAGCAGCUGAUUUCACGCUGAAUCAAAUCAUUUGAGUAGCUGCAUGUGCGCCUGUGCACUGUGGUCCAGUGAAGUACUGCAGGUUCUGUAGAUAAACAUUGGGGCACCAUUACCCAGUCAUCCCUGUUUAAUUAAAUCCAAAAAUUAAUAAGAAUGGCUGCUUUUUACAAUGUUCAAACAAAAAAAAAACGUCAGGCUAAGUAAAUGGUCACACUCUGCUCCUGUGGUGCAGUCUGUUCCAAACUGAACACCUCCUUCCAGCAGCUACAGGCUUUAUAGGAGGGGAACUGGAAGGGGCGGAGUCAGUUGCCUAUACUGAUACUGUGGAGGGAACUAAAGAGGAAGAAGUUAGUGUGAGCGCCCCCUCUCGACGUGGGGUGGCAUUACCUACCCACAGACACAUACGCAGCACAAACUAAUGACAGUCAGCAUUUUACUGAUUAGAAGAAAUGUAAAAAUGUGUGUCAGUCUGUCAAAAUACAUUUUAAGGUACAGGUGUAUAAAGAAGACGAUCCUUAAACGUAAUAGAUAAUGAUACUAAAGCAGCCUCUUCCGUUUUCCACAUUUUUCAGCUUGAAGAUGGCAGUAGCAUUUUCAGUUAAUAUUAUUAGAGAAAGGGAUGUGAGGUGGAAAGAGUGUAUAUUUUGAUAUUCCUCAGGGUCAUUUUAGAUCCUGUCUUAUGCUGUUAAUUCAAAGAUUAUUACAUAUGACACACCAGUUUUACUGAGAGAUCCAAAAAAGAGAUUAGUCUUUUAAAAGAGUAUUCUUCACACUGUGCAUGCAUGUGAACACGAAACGUUCUGUUUCUUAAAAAAAAAUCCUUAAUUAGAAGGUACUUGAAACAAAAUCUCAGUGAAGUAAAAUGUCCAACUAGGUCAGCCAAAUGCUUGCAGUGUUUUUGCUGUGCUACAGAUAGUGACUGAAGGACCACAAGUGUUUACAGAGCCCCCCACCCUUCUCUGCUGUUUUCCUCAGCUCAGCAUCGGCCCACACCAGCCUUAUGGCGUAUAUUUUGUAUUUUGUACAGUAAAUAUGGAAAAGAAAAAUCCUGUAAAUAAUUAUAUAUACUGUAUAUAAAAUAUAUACUAUGUAUGUGUGUGUAAAAUAUUACAAAUUAUACAUUUUUGAGUCAUGCUUAAAUGUAUUGCUAACUUUCCCAUUUUUCUGGAAAUAAAAAGGAAAU